AUGUGUGAAUCUAAUGGUCUUCCGGAACCAAGUUAUACCAUAACCCAUAAUGGUACCAUGCUCAGUACUGGCAAGAUGUAUACCAUACCUAAAGUAAAGUGGAGUGAUGCUGGAACAUAUAAAUGCAUUGCGGAGAAUAAACUUGGAAGGGAUUCAGCUUUCGCUUAUUUAACCUUUCAUGGUAAGAUUAGAUUUUUAGACACAUUUUUUAUAUACAUAUUAGACACUUCUGCAGUGUUUGUGAUUGACAAAACAAGUCAACACGCAAUUUAUUACCGGCAAUAUUUCUUCAACGCCUGUGAACGCCCAAACCCCAGUUUCGUUGGCUUUGCAGCUACCAUAAUCUUGAGAAAAGUGUAUAUUUUUACUGAUUAGUAUAGGUUUUCUUUAUGUGCUUGUAAAUUUUCGUAUUCAUGACCAUGUUUUUUAGGUUGGACCAGACUUGAAAAAUAUUUGCAAACUGCAAAAGCAAUGCUUACUGGAACGCCAGGAAUAGACAGUCGCUGUAAGGUCUCCACCUCUCCAUUUUUGUUCACAACGCGAUAGUUCAUAGUUUUUUCCGUUGUAACUAUCUAAAUAGGUAGUCCAAGAACCAAAAAAGUGGUAUGGGUACCAAUUUGAUCCGUGCCGUACCAAAAAUUGAGCGUAGUGUAAACGUGGCUUGACUUUCAUCACGUCCCCGUACUAGAUAAAGCGUUACUUAAGUUCGCUUAAAUUUUUUUCUCGGGUGCAUCCCUAGACUUCUGAGACCACAGCAAAAUAUAUCCACCAGUACGAACCUCCCAUGCAGCUGGUAAAUAUACCUUGAGUGUAUGUAUUUUUAUUAAUACUUUCAAACACAAAAACUAUUUGCCUAUAUUUUCAUUAGUAACAAGACGUUUCUCGUUUUUCACAGUCAAACCUGAAAACACAAAGAUUACAAUUACACAAGAAGGUGUACUUGGUAGCCCAGUUACCAUAACGUGUAACUCUGAAGGUCAUCCUGAACCAAAUUAUACAAUAACCCAUAAUGGUAUUACGCUCAGUGCUGGCAAGAUGUAUACCAUACCUAAAGUGAAGUGGAGUGAUGCUGGAACAUAUAGGUGCAUUGCAGGGAAUAAACUUGGAAGUGAUUCAGCUUUCGCUUAUUUAACCUUUCAUGGUAAGAUUAGAUUUUUAGACACAUUUUCUUUGUCCAUUUUAUUACACGGAAAGGAAAAGCUGGUAGUAUUGUUUGCACAAUUUUUGCUUUCGAGUCUCGAUUAGGUCAUCUGCAAUAAACACUGACAUUGUGUGAUUAGUGUUUGUCUACUAAGAUAAAAAAUAUUUGCGUGACCCCUGUUGUGUUGUGUUGUGUUGUGUUGUGUUGUGUUGUGUUGUGUUGUGUUGUGUUGUGACGUGACGUGACAUGCAUAUCUACAAAAAUUGAAGAUGGCAGACGUUUCAUAAGUAAGCAAGAUAUGAAAAAACUGUAAAAGAGUAUUUUAUAUAUAGUCUUGAAAAGUUCUUUCAAAUGAGAAAAUAAAAACAUAUAUUGCCAUUUCCCUUUAAAUUGUAGUGUUAAUUAUUUGCAGACUCAGUUGUGUCAAACAGUUUCAUAUUCAUGACCAUGUUUUCUUAGAUUGGUCGGUACUUGAAAAGUACUAGCACGCAAGCUUAAGUAAUAUUAACAAAACUUCAAAAAGCAAUACAUGUAAUUUAUUUCAAAAUUCUUGUUAGAAUAUAUUUCAAAUGAUAGGAGUAUGCACCUUAUAAUGCCGAAAAUGCUUAAUUAUACCUAUAUCAGCACUGAAAUCCUUUGGCUAUACAUGCAUAUUGGCUGAAAGCCUAAACAAUUCGGCUAUCUCAGUAUUUACAAUGAAUAAAGGCGUGCAAAGCUUCCUAUCAGCGAGCCCCAGAUCCUUAUCAGUGAAAAUAAAAAUUUUAUCAUUUAGUUAUAAAGAGUUUGUGUUUUUAUCAUAGAUGCAGAUCCACCUACAGUGAUAAGCCUUACGUCGACUCCGGAAAUUGUUGUAUUUGGUGAAUCAGUUGUGAUAACGUGUGAAGCUAUAGCUGUGCCUUUACCAAGUUAUACUAUAAUCCAUAACGACACUGAGAUCGUCAGUACUCACAAGACGUAUAUAAUAACUGUUCUUGAAUAUAGUCAUGCUGGGUCAUAUAAAUGUAUUGCAACAAGUAUACUUGGAAAUAGUUCAAAGGCAUUCAGUUUGUCUGUCGGAGGUAACUAUGACAUAUACAAUCUUUUCUAUGAUUGUGCCUUUAAAAAGUAAUAUACUGUAGUCCAUCAAGCUUAAAAUGUAACUAGGUAAAUAGAGCAGAACUAUAGCAGACUCUUAACAAUGUGAUUUCAUUUCCAGUAAGGAUUUUGGAGCAGGUAAAGUGGUUUUCUUUCCUAACAUGGUUCAGAAAGUAUAAUAUUUGUUUUCCUUUAAACUUUUUUGAGACACCCAUGCAUGCAGUACAGUACGUAUACAAACAGAUUGUUUAGAAAAUUGGUAAGCCCAUAUCUGUAACUGGCUCCUUAAUUUUCAGGAAAAGCAGCUUUAGAAAAAUGUAAUGGCAGUGGAACUGAAUGGUAUAUGGUUGUGGGAAUAUUGGAAUAUUGGUGUCUGGGAUUAUCAUUGGAAUUCUUCUUUCCUACAUUGUCUUUUGUUCUCGUCGUAAAUUUAGAAGUAAAUUUAAGAACCUCAGCCAAACCCUGA